CAAAGACCGACUGUCCACUGAUCGAAUCUCGGAGUCAAAUGAUUGUCCAUUUGUAUUUCGGAGACCGGCCGUACCGCUCGCGUCGUAUCACCGGAACCCAUAUUUCUUCGUCGGUCAGAAAACCCUCUAACUCGACUUAAAGUAACUAAAGUUUUCAAGUGUCAGACAAGUUGCCCGUGAACUUUAGUGAAGUGUUUUCCUUGGUGUUAAGGUUGUCGUGAAGAUAAAAGGCAGCGUGACUAAAAUACACGCGCCCACUCGGCCACGAAGACCACAGAUGUCCGUGAGCAGGUUAUGAUAUUGGUGCACGCGUGAGCCAUGGAGAUGUCUCAUCAAGGAGGGGCGGAGGCCGAGAGCCUCCUCAGGCCCGAUCAGCGCCCGGUCGUCAUGCCUCAAGGGAACAGGGCUAUUGGCUGGGUCGAGCUGGAGGGCGAGAAGGCGCCGUUCCUCCGCAACGAGCCGGUGAAGCUGACGCCCGCGUGGGAGGGUUCCAACCUGCCCAAUGACACGCUCAACUUGAAAGGAAUCGCAAUGGACCUGGUACCGCCGAAAGACAGAUGGAACUUGAUCUAUAUCAUCCUGGUCAUCCACGGCCUCGGCACCCUCAUAGCUUGGAACAUGUUUAUUACUGCCAAGGAUUACUUCGUGAAGUACAAGCUGGCCAAUGCCCCGGACUAUGCGGAGCAUUACUUGGCGUAUGUGGGCUGGGCCGCUCAGAUACCGAACUGCCUGUUCAAUUGGAUCAACAUAUUUGCGCCGAUUAGCGGCAACCUGACGACGCGUAUCGUAUGGUCGCUGAUGAUUGAAGUGGCCAUCUUCGUGAUGACCGUCAUCUUGGCCAUGGUGGACAGCUCGGAGUGGCCCGUGGCUUUCUUCUGGUUCACCAUGAUAUCUGUCUUUGUCAUGAAUGCCUGCAACGCGAUCUUCCAAAACUCUGUCUACGGCGUCGCCGCGCGUCUGCCCGUCAAAUACACGGGAGCCGUGGUACUUGGCUCAAACAUCUGCGGCACACUAGUGGUGUUCCUAUCGUGGUCAGCUGAGCUGUUCGACUCAAGACGAACGUCGGCCAUAUACUACUUCAUCACCGGCAUCUUCGUGCUGCUCAUAUGCUUCGAUACUUACUUCGCGCUGCCUCUCAACAGAUUCUACCGCUACCACGACACGCUACAGCAGCGUACGAUGCGAGUGAAUCCAGCACUAGCGGCGACCAACCAGGCGCCUGACAAACCCAACGUGCCUUACGGGACCAUCUUCAAGCAAUCCUGGGUGCAGCUGUAUAACAUAUUUAUAACCUUCUUCGUAUCGCUGGCCGUGUUCCCUUCUGUACACUCGGAUAUCGAGCCAAUUCAGAAAGGGUUCCUAGGCAAUAUGUUUGUGGGGAUCACCUGCUUCUUGACUUUCAACGCGAUGGCCAUGAUUGGAAAUAUCACGGCCAAUUUAUGGCAAUUCCCGUCAAAGCGUUGGCUGUCCCUGAUGACGACACUGCGCAUCCUGUUCAUUCCGUUCUUCCUGAUGUGCAACUACAAGUCUGCCACGCGAACGCUGCCCAUCUGGAUCAACGACGAUAAGCUGUACUGGGCGUUCGCGGCUUUGCUCGGAUGGAGCUCCGGCCACUGCAGUUCUUUGGGCAUGAUGUAUGUCAGCGGGACGGUAGCGCCCGAGAACGCAUCAACAGCCGGCAUGAUCGGCGCGGCGUCUCUCGUCACAGGCAUCUUAGCAGGCCUGGUGUUCACACGUGUCUGCCCGCUCAUAGUGACGGCUAACUACGCGGGUCUUUAGCGGGUGGCCGCGCGCGCCGCCGCCGCGCUACGCCUGUUGACAGGCCUCUGACGAACUGUCAGUGAUCAGUGACAGUGAUGAAACAGUGAAUAAAGUGUUCUUUGAAUGAAAAUGAUGUUUAAAGUGGUUAAAGUGACAUGUCUGUGACAAACUGGGAUCGGUGAAGAAAAUAGUGAGGAGGCUUGGAUUGAGAGUGAGAUGCUUGUGAUUCACUGUGUGUUUCACGACUCACUAAGGCAGUGAAGAAAAUAGUGAAUUGUGGAUUGGAUUGUUGAAUGUUUGUGCUUAGCUGUGUGUUUCACUGCUAAGUUAGCAGUGCUAACGGAGAAAUUGGUGACUGCUAGUAAGCUCUAUUCGCUGUGCAGUGAAAUUGACAGCACAGUACGAGCACAGAAAAUGGUGACAAAGAGGCUAGAGUUGUGAGAUCAGUGACAAGUGAUUUGAUAUACUAAGAUGUUGAUGUACUAUAUUAUGAUGAUUAUAGUUAUCAGAUGUAACAUUAUCGGUGAUUAUCCGCUACAGCAAGUGCCUUUUUUCUUUGAUGCGAAUUUCGGCACGCGUGCGGAUCUGGGGGGCAACUCCGAAACGUUGUUCACGUAGUUUCGGGUCUAUCUGUCACCGUCGCUCUUGAUGGCAUCUCGCUUCGCGUGAGAGAGAUGGCAAUAUUCGAAACUUUGGAUAACGUUUUUUGGAGUAACCCCGCUGGUCUCUAAUCUGUGGCGUGCGUAUAUAAUCACUCUGCUGAUUGCCUAACCUUUGUUAUAGUAAAAACACGUAUGAAAUAAUCAACUGCGGGCAGCCAGACGCAAAAUGCACGUGCUGAAAUCCGCAUUAAAGGAAAAAGGCACUAAAUCUGAUCUGAUAUUUAAAAAUCAAAAUAUUUAUAUUGUAAAGUGAGAAGAAAUCGAAAGUAAGUACUUUUGUUGCCUUCAAGAUUCAAACUAGAAAAAGCUGAGAUUAAGAAACUUAUUAUGAAUCUAUAUUUAUAUAAAUAAUUAUGUAUUAGUGAUUCUGACGAGUCUUAAAAGUGAAUGUGGUUAAACUUUGACAUUGUUAAAACUUACUGCGUUUUCAAGAUGUCUGACAAACUAUUUGUGAAUCAUAGCAAGAGGUAGUAUGUACCAUUGACUGUAUCAAGAAUAGUGUUCAAGGUCAACAUUCAACAUCAGAUGCUAUGGUGUUCCAAUAUGCUACUUCAGUUUGGUGCAAGUUACUUUGAUAAAGAGAGAAUAACAUGUCAUCAAAUAUGAUGAUGAAACUUAUAACCAUUGUUAUCAAAUUUAAUCAGUAAUAAUAGUGUAAAAGAGAAGUAUGUGUGCUAAGAAAAACAAAUAAGUGCUACAUGAGUGCUUUUUAGCUUGUUAAUUUAUUUUAUCCAGAUAUAUAAAUGUUUUUGCCUGAGCUAUUAUGUAUAUCUCCAAGUUAUAAAAGUAAUAGUAUAUGUAUUUUAUAAAUAAUGAAUUGAUAUUGACUAUAAAUCAGAAAGACAAUAGUAAAAUGUUUCAAACUAGUACACAUUUAAAUAAUAUUUCAAAGGAAUUGAGUCUCGAAAGAAUCCUGAUAUUAUAUUAUACAAAUAAUAUAUACCUUAGCUUAUUAUAUAUUGUGUUGCACAAUAAAUAUAGUAUAUUGGUAUAUUAUCUUACCUAUAAGUAUCAACAUUGCUUAUUUCUAUAAUAAAACGAAUGUUAUGAAAUAAAUAAUGUCUAGAUAGGUAUAUGCUAUGUAAAGAUAUACAUACUGUUAAAGUUUUUAAGUGUAUAAAAUAUAUUUAUAUAUUGGCUAGUACAAAAUGGUUGAAGUAUAAAGUCCGUUAAGUUUUAGGUCGAUAUUUUGCAGUGAACACUACUAUUAUACAGUUUGUAUAUUUAAUUAUUUGUAUGACAGAAUAAUUUAGCACUAAUAACCACCUUUUUACUUUCACAUUCACCUAAAAAUUGAAAUGUCCAAAAAAAAAUUGUUUAUAUUAAGAAAAUACAUGUUUUCAAUUUAACGCACAUCUUAUGUAGGUUUAAUCUUUAUUUAAUUAUCUUCUAGCAAUAAUCUUGUCUUAGGUUAACCGAUUUUUUUUUAUUAUAUAAAUGACUAUUAUUAUUAAUAUUGACAUAAUCUCUUCUACAAUACCAUUAUCAAGUUUUUUUGCCAGUUUAUUUCCAAAUUGUUUCCUAAAUUUUAUUAUAAUGAAUGUUAUUAUAAAUUAUAUUAUUAAAAAAUGAGUUCUUCCGUCUUGUAAAUUCACAAAUUAACAUUUUCCCUAACAAACUAAAUGUAGGUUUGACAGACUGAAACUACUAACAUUGUUUUAGGUUAGUUUGUUUACGUUAAGUGAUGUUUAGUCGAGCUAACGGGUGUUGAGUGUCCCUGUUUGUUUGUCAAAUAUUGAUCUGACGAAGCACAGAAUAUUUUUAAUACAAAUUAAACCAAGUUGAAAUCCAUUUGUUAUGUUAAACUACGGUUGUUCAACACAGUCGCAUUUUGUUAAUGAUUGUUUUCUAAUCGUUAAUUCCUGCAUUCAAUGAGGGCUGUCGUUUUAAGAAGCGGUAGGAGGAGACUCGCAUUUGCUUACACCAGGAUGGCGCCACUGUAGAGUCAUGUCAAUCACCAGUGGUGACAACUGGCAAGUAUAAAAACGAUAGGCCUUAUAGUUUGCGGUCGUUUUGGAGUAGAUACUCGAAACCUCUUCUACAAGAGGUGGUUUACACAAAGUUCCUUGGUAUUUUGUGUUUCAAUCAUAUCAAUAUUAUAUGGGGCCUUUAGUAUAAAAUCAUAGCAAAUGAUAUUCUGAAGCGCUCGUGUGUUCAAAUCCCGAAACCAAAUAAAUAUUGCUAUCAACGACAUAUUCCGAACAAAGCAAUCGGCGUCUUAUGUUAUUCCUAAUAAGGUUGUUAGUCUAUUUAUUUGAUAGUAAACAUUUUUUUUAUUACUUU